AUGUCUCCUCUUUUUUUUAUUUUCUCCUUUUUCCUGUCCCUUUCAUUGGAGAGACAAAUUGGUCUUGUGGCCAAGCGAAUGCAAAGGCCGCUGAAUGUGUACUAUAGGGAUUAUUCCGCACAUUUGCCGAUUGAAGAGCGGGACAAAUUAAUGAAAAUGAAGCUUGAUGAUGAGGGGAAUGAAAAUCUGCAGGACGACAUAGAGGGCGCUAUUGAUAUAAACAAAAUGCAUGCACAGGAGAGCGAACUCGGGGCUCUGCUGAAGGGGCAAAUGGAGUUGUCGAGGCAAAUUCGAGAGGAUUUGCGCGGACGCACCAGGAAAAACAAGCAAAUGUCUGUCAAAUACAACCAUGGGGAUAGCGACGCAGUGGAUGGAUACUGGACGGGAGAAAACAAGGAUGCAGAGCAUUUUGAUGUCGACACGGAAAUUGAAGUCCCUACCGAUUCGAUGCGUGAACCCGUAGUGCUUGUUAAAAUUCCAGCAGUUGACAUUUACGACCAAAUGGAAAUGUUACACGACGUUGGGCAUUUGAUGGAUAUAAAGAAUGAAGAUGUGUUAUACUGA